AUGAUCAGCAGGAUUUUCUUCGCUUGCCUGUUUCUCGGGAUGUACAGUACGGGCUCCUCGUUAAGUUGCAAAUGGAUUGUAAAACAUCCAGGCGACAGAAUGAGUCAAUUCAGUCUGCACAACAAACAAGCUUUAGGUCUACUUGAUAUGAUGGUGAGUGCACUUCUUUGCAUAAUGUUUAAUAUUACUAACACCACUAAGGAUGCUGAAAUUGAGCACAACGUGGCUUUCCCUAAUCGACUGUAUCGCAAGACGUCCAAAGCAACAGCUGAGGAUAAACUCGCUUUCACAGUUCAGAUUCUGGAGGAGCUGUUUGCCCUGUUUGAGGAGGAUCACAGCUCUGCCUCAUGGGAGGAGAACACAGUGGAGAACUUUCUCAGUAUUGUGAACAAACAGGCUGAAGAGCUUCGCUCCUGUAUUGGAAGCCACAGUUACACGACACAGAAGGGGCAAGAGAGGACAAAAAUGUAUUUCAAGAGACUUUUAAAUAAAAUCCUAAAGAAAAAUGGUUACAGUGCUGAAGCCUGGGAGAAGAUCAGGGACAUAACAGAAGAUCAUCUGAGUCAAUGCGCAUUCCUGGUUACACCUCUGGGAAAUGCCCACUGA